AAUAGACAAUAGAACAAAUGCGUCAUUGUUUUUCUCACCAUAAAAACAUUCCGAUUUGCAGAAGUUAUUGAAUGUAAUGACAAAAAUGUAGAUAGAUUUGAAACAUAUUUUCCGUUUAUUUUAAUAGAACGUACCAGUCUCACUAAUCCAGAAGAAUGACUUGAGAAGUAAUUAUGAGUUCUACGGAAUCGCUGCACAAAAAUGUUGACACUUUAUGCCAGGUUUAUUGUUCGUUACUCGUACCUUUAUAUGUUUGUAAUAAUUGUUAUUUUAACAAUUUUAACUGUGAUUCCUUUGAUAUGUCAUGAGUUGCCGUCAUUUUCGGAUCCCAUUGUAGGAUUCGAAACCAGAGGAACAUUAUUGGCACGUCGCUUUAUUGCUUGGGAAAAUCUCAUCGACGAAACAAGGCCAUCUAAACGGCUCGCAGUUAACCCUAAAGAAAUAGCCGAUCAAAAACGUAUGAACCAUACCUAUCACAACCGAAUUCAGAAUAAAGGAAAAAUAAAUCGUGAAAGAAAUAAGAAUAAAGGUCACAAAAAGAAGAAACCAAAAUUCUAUUCUACUGGUAUUGAAAACAAAAUCGAAUCUAAUAAUUCUACUAUACAGAACACAGAAAAUGGUCAUGUUCAUUGGGGAUUUGGAAAAAAUGUUUCUUAUGAAGAUGAGAAUGUAGAAAUGUUGAAAAAUCAUACAAGGAAACAGUGGGUAUCUUUAAAAUCUAUGCAGCGCACUCCUGACAAGAUUCAUCACAAUUAUGCAACCGGUAUGUGUGGAGCUCCUGUUUCUGAUUAUGCUCAUUUAGUAGUUACUAACACUGAAAAUUCAUCAAUGUUAGACUUUGAAAAUGUUCAAAAACUAUGUAAUUUACAAUCUCUUCUAGUUCAAGUAGGUGGUAAAGAAUAUUAUAAGUUAUGUCAAAGAUCUAUGCAAGAUGAGGACAUGUGCUGUCCAGUAUGGAGUGUUCCAAAUUAUAUAGCUUUAAUGUCAGGCAAGAUUUCUUGUGAAAAUAUUACAAAAGAUGAUGUUACGAAUGCAGUUGUAAUUAUAAAGAAAUGUGCCAGUUAUUUUCAUGACUUCAAAUUAAUGGCAUCAUGUGAAUUAAAUCAAUGUAGGGUACCUAAGUAUUGUUCACAGUAUGAUGCUGUAUAUAAUUUAUUAUUUUAUCUAAUAGAUGAUGAUGCUUUCUCUCCACCUCUGUUUAAUAAUACAUUUGUGAAAAAUGUUAUGGUCUUUCUUCCACUUGCAUGCAGUAGUACUGCUCUUCCGUAUUAUCAAAAAUUGCAAAGUUCAAAUUUAUCUUAUGAUACAUUGAGAAUUCCUGCCAUGGAUUUUGGAUUGAAGAAUGCACUUUUUGAUUCAUGGAUAAUACAGGAUACAUGGUUGAUAGGAUUGGGGGGAAUAUUUGUAUUUAUAUGUGUAUGGGUUUAUACAAAAUCUAUUGUAUUGACUGUACUAUUGUUCAUAGCUAUAACAUACACACUCGGUGUUGCAUACUUCUUAUAUAUUUACGUAUUCAAUUUAGAAUUCUUUCCCUUCAUGAAUUUAUUAGUGAUAGUUGUUGUGAUAGGUAUUGGAGCUGAUGAUGCAUUCCUUUACGUCAAAAUAUGGAAGAUGAUCAGCAGUCAGUUGAUACGUGAUAAUAUUGUACCCCAAGAUAGUGAACUCAUGGAAAUAAAAAAUAUUUCCAGUGCUGGGGAAACUAUUCUCAUACAGAUACUUGAGGAGACUUUAAAACAUUCUAUUCUUACAAUGUUUAUUACUACAUUAACAACGGCUGUUGCAUUUUAUGCGUCAUACGUCAGCUAUAUACCAGCUAUAAAUUGUUUCAGUGUAUUCGCUGGUACCGCAGUGUUAGUUAAUUUUUUUCUUAUGAUAAGUUGGUUGCCAGUAUCCGUGUUUAUAUUAGAUGUAAAAUUGUACUCGACAAGUAAAAAGCCAUGGAAUAUUGUGAUUUAUAAAACUAUAGAUGAAAUUGGAGGAGAUAUCAGAGUUGUAUUGAAUAGAUUUAUUAUAGCAUUUGUAACAAAAUCAUACAUAGGUAUUGUAGUAAUUUUGGGUGCUAUAGGAGUUGGUAGUGUUGUUGUAGUUUUUUACAACCCUGGACUUAAAUUACCAGAUACAAGACAGUUUCAGCUGUUUCAGACAUCCCAUCCUUUUGAAAAGUAUGAUAUGGAAUAUAGAGAGAAAUUUCUGUUUGAAAGAUUUGGCAAAGAUUUAGGAAUUGGUAGUAAAAUGCCUUUAAGGUGGAUUUGGGGUGUGAAGGCUCUUGAUAAUGGUAAUCACAUGGAUCCAGCAUCAACUGGACAUUUAGUUUUUGACACAGAGUUUUCCAUAUCAUAUCCUAAGUCGCAACUGUGGUUGGCAGAGUUCUGCAGAAAUAUAAAAAGCCAACCAUUUUAUCAACACACCCUAGGUCCACUACUGCCCAAUUGUUUUAUUGAAAGCUUCAGAAUGUUCAUGAGUAGAAGAUGUAUUGAUAAUAUUGAUAAAAUAAACAGAACACCGUGUUGUGAAUCUUCAAGAUUUCCAUAUACAAAAGAAAUUUUUGACUUUUGUAUUUUAUCAGCGAUGGAAUCAUUAUAUCAAACUCCUAGGGAACUUUUUAUGCCAGGAGUGGCUGGACCUAAAUUUCUAAGGAGUGCGAAUCCACCCAAUGUGUCAGCGAUUGUGAUAGAAUUUGAAAGUGUCAUUCCAUAUUCAAUGUCUUACACUGCAAUGAAUAAUUUUUUCGAACAAGUUGAGAAAUGGACACAACAUCAACUGUCGUCUGCUCCCUCGUGUAUGCGUAAUGGUUGGUUUAUAUCGGACUUGCAGUUUUAUGAUUUACAGAAAACAUUAGCAAGUGGGACUAUCUUGGCUUUAAUAUUGUCUGCUAGCUUAGGGUUUAUAGUACUUAUCCCGGCUACCUGUAGCUUGAUCAUCAGUAUUUGUGCGUUAGCAGCGAUGGUAUUCUCAUCUACAGUUACAAUAGCCAUCUUAGUGUUAAGUGACUGGAAAUUAAAUGUAUUAGAAAGUGUAGCAAUAUCAACAUCAGCAGGGUUAGCUGUAGAUUUUAGUCUUCAUUAUGCUUUAAGUUAUACAAAUGCUGGUGGUACAAAGUCUACCAGAGUUAAAUAUGCAUUGACAGCAUCCUCUGGUCCUACUGCAGCGGCAGCACUGACCACAGGGAUUGCUGGAAUAUUUUUAUUACGAUCAAAUUUAUUACCUUAUUCCCAAAUUGGUGCUUUUCUGGCGCUAAUCAUGUCUGUCAGCUGGGUGUAUGCAACCUUUUUUCUUUGUUCCCUCCUGCAAUUAGUUGGGACAACUUCAGGAAAGGAGUCUGCGGCUGAAGAUAGAAAAACAAUCUCUCGCGUUAGUUCCAUAUGUUCAGGAGUGCCAAAUUUAGAGAGUCAUGAAUUAGAACAUUUGGCAGACAGUAAUCGCACAAAUAUCACGCACUCGCAUAGUCCUUCUAGUGUUAGUGCUACCACUGUAGUUAUUCAUGAUGACUGCCAAAAUUCGCUCAGUAGGUUUGAGAAGAAACAUAGUAUUGAUGUAGACAAUGACUGAAUGUUUAGAUUAUAAUGUGACUAUCUAAGCACUCAAAGUUUAGUGUAUUUUUGCAAUUCAGCAGUAUUAUUUUGACUUUAUACUUUCUUGACCUUUUGUAAUGUACAGUGAUUGUAACGUUUUGUAAAUAUAUUUACUAUUUUAUUGUUAAACAACAACAUUUAGGAAUUAUUGUGACAAUAAAUAAUUCACACAGACAAUAUGUAGAGGGAGCUUAGCUUAUUAAAAUUUUUGUUGCUUAUUAAUAAUUUAAUUUUAGAUUCAAUUUUGUACUGUAUUGUAUUGGUAUGUUAUUUAAAAAUUCUUUGUCAAUUUUUGGUGGUUAUUAAAAUGCUAGGUUUUAUAUACAAGAACAGUAUUAACCAAUUAAAACAAUGGUUCCAUUUAGUAAAUAAUAGAUAUAAGUUGUUGACUUUAUGAUUUUAUUUGUAUAAUAAUGCAAACAGUUAAAAAUCCGUUCUAAAGUGAUAUAAGGUUAUUAAAACAUCAGUAUAUUGUUAAAUAAAUAUUUGAUAUAUGCAAAAAAUGUAUCAACUGUUUAAAUAUGAACAAAAUUAUAUUUUUGUUACAAAUUUAUUGAGCCAAUUUAAGAAUGCAUAUUAUACUUGUAAGCCUAAUGAUCUGAUAGUCGUAAAUUAUGCUCAAUGGUUGCAUUUUCACAAUUUUAAUAGUAAAUAUAAAUGUUUUAUGUUGAAUCUCUAAUAUUAACAGUAGUGUUGUAUGUAAGUGGACAUAAUAUCUAUGUCCUGUAUUAUAUGUGUACUUAAAACUAAUUACAU